UCCCACUUUUCUUUCCUCUCCCAGCAUCCACAGGUAUAUAGCAGCUCCUAAUUGCUUUCUUUGGAGCACCUCUCCAAAGACAGCAGCAGAGCAGAGCCAUGAGGAAGGAGAUUAUAAUCCGGAUGCAUGCGAAAUCCGAGAAGUGCCGGGCGAAGGCCAUGAAAGUGGCAGCUGCGGUCAGCGGGGUGGAGUCCGUGACGCUGGCCGGCGGCGACAAGAGCCUGCUGCUUGUGAUCGCCGACGGCGUGGACUCGAACAAGCUGACCAAGAAGCUCAAGAAGAAGGUGGGCAAUGCGGAGAUCGUGGAGCUGAGGACGCUGGACACCUUCGUUACGGCGCUUCCGCUCCCGCGCGCGGCCGCCGGCGCUCCGGGGAGCAAGGGGAUGGCCCAGAUGGCGAUGCUCGCGCAGUCGCCGUAUAACCACCACCAGUGGCAGUACAGCUACGCCGCGGCACCCAGCCCGUACGCCUACAACUACUAUCACCCGUCGCCGAUGGGCGGCGCCGUCGAGCGCGGCUACGGCUAUGGGACCGGGAUCAGCAGCUACUCGCGCGCGGUGGCGCGCAGCCACCCGGCCAACUACUCGCCGCUGGUGGAGAAGCACGACUACCAACCCAUGGACCAUUCCUCCUCCAGCAUGAGGAGCAAGGAGGUGGCGCGCCGUGAGAGCGACACCAACAGCUGUGCCAUACUCUAGUUCUCCUACUCUGGUGAUGCCAUGAUUGACGACGGUGUUGCGAUAUGCAAAAGGUGUCGCAGCGGAUCGAACCUGCCAGCUGCUUGAAUCUUGAUUGACUGUUUGCUCCAUGUAUGGAUUUGUUGUCUGUGGUUUCAUUCUGAUUUGUUCUAGCAAGUGUGGAAGGUUGUAAAUUUGUAGAUGUUUCUGUCGGAUGGAUCGAAGUGGUGGCAUUCGACCUGUUACUGUAGAUUUUACCUGUACAUACAGCAAUAUGUUAUUGUUACCAGCAGUUAGCACUUCACUUUUA